UGUAUUUUUUUUUUUUUUUUUUGAGAAUGGCCCCUAUUUGUUGCAGAAAUUGCCAUAAAAGUCCAGGAAAAAAAUUACGUUCUCAUUUUGGACACUUGAGUUGUGUGAUGGGACCUUAUCUUGAUAUAACAGCCCCUUUCCCUUUAAAAUUUUAAGGAAACACUGCAUGAUUCAUACAUGUUUUCAUUUUAUAUGCUUCCAUGCAAUAAUCUAUGAAUCAUGUUUAUUUUUAUUUUUCAGGCACUAGAAAAACACCCCAACUCACCAAUGACAGCAAAGCAGAUAUUGGAAGUCAUUCAGAAAGAAGGGUUAAAAGAAACAAGAAAUGGAACUUCUCCUUUAGCCUGUCUGAAUGCAAUGCUUCACACUAACACUCGAAUAGGGGAUGGAACAUUCUUCAAAAUCCCUGGAAAGUCAGGCCUCUAUGCUCUCAAAAAAGAGGAGUCGUCGUGCGCAGCUGGCGGGAGCCUGGAUCUAGGCUGCGAGUCUGAGCUGGAUGGCGCAGAGAUGGCCGAGGCCGGUGCCCGCGGGGACGGCGACGGAGUUUGUGCAAAGCAGGUAACUGAGGAAGCAUCUUCCACUCGAGAUUCAAGCCUUACUAACACAGCAGUACAAAGCAAGUUAGUGUCUUCCUUUCAGCAGCACACCAAAAAGGCUCUUAAACAGGCUUUGAGGCAGCAGCAGAAAAGAAGAAAUGGAGUCUCAAUGAUGGUAAACAAGACUGUUCCUCGCGUUGUUUUGACACCAUUAAAGGUGUCUGAUGAGCAGUCGGAUUCGCCUUCAGGAUCCGAAUCUAAAAAUGGUGAAGCAGACAGUUCAGAUAAAGAAAUGAAACAUGGGCAAAAAUCUCCCACUGGAAAACAAACAAGUCAGCACUUAAAACGAUUAAAAAAGUCUGGUUUAGGACACUUGAAAUGGACCAAAGCUGAGGACAUUGACAUAGAAACCCCAGGAUCUAUUCUUGUCAACACUAAUUUGAGGGCAUUAAUAAAUAAACAUACAUUUGCAUCCUUACCUCAGCAUUUUCAACAAUACCUCCUGCUUUUGCUCCCAGAGGUGGAUAGGCAGAUGGGAAGUGAUGGAAUUUUACGCCUCAGUACUUCAGCUCUAAAUAAUGAAUUCUUUGCAUAUGCAGCACAAGGAUGGAAACAGCGACUGGCAGAAGGAGAGUUUACUCCAGAAAUGCAAUUGCGGAUAAGGCAAGAAAUUGAGAAGGAAAAGAAAACAGAACCUUGGAAAGAAAAAUUCUUUGAAAGGUUUUAUGGAGAAAAGUUGGGCAUGUCAAGAGAGGAAUCUACAGAGCUCACUGCUGGACCAAACAAUGAUGGAGCUGAAAGCAGUUCUUCCUGUGGGACCUCUAGUCUUCCAGGUCUUUCUUCACAGACUCCCUUGGAAGAACAACAGCCCAAAAGCAUGAAAAGUCCAUCUUCUCCAGAGCCUGAUUUCUGUGCUGCUCUCUGCACUAUGGUAGAUGUUGGUAAAGAUGUAAUGGCAGAAUCAGAAUCAGAGGAUAUCUUGAUAUCUGAAGAAUCUGUGAUUCAGGAGGAAAUUGCAGAAGAGGUAGAGACAAGUAUCUGUGAAUGCCAGGAUGAAAAUCAUAAGACAAUACCUGAAUUUUCUGAGGAGUCUGAAAUUCCAGCCAGUGCUCAUGAGGAGCCCCAAAUAGCACUUCCUGAAGAUAACUUGGAAUCUUGUGUUAUAAUGAAUGAUGUUUUAGAAACUUUGCCUCAUAUUGAAGUUAAGGUGGAGGAGAAAUCAGAAUCUCCCCAGGAAGAAAUGUCAGUUGUUAUUGAUCAACUAGAAGUCUGUGACUCUCUUGUUCCUUCCACUUCCUCUGUGACUCAUGUCAAUGACACAGAACAUAAGGAGCCAGAAACUGUAAUAGAGACCAAUACUCCAAAAAUGAGAACAGGGUCAUCUCCUUUAGAAGGCCAGUUUCCAAAUGAAGGAGUUGCUGUAGAUAUGGAGCUACAGAGUGAUCCUGAUGAACAGCUUUCUGAAAAUGCUUGCAUCUCUGAAACGUCCUUCUCUUCUGAGAGCCCAGAGGGAGCCUGUAGCAGCAUGCCAUCCCCAGGGGGGGAGACCCAGUCUACUUCAGAAGAAUCAUGUACUCCCGCCUCCCUUGAGACCACGUUUUGUUCUGAGGUGUCCAGCACUGAAAAUGCAGACAAAUAUAAUCAGAGAAAUCCCACCGACGAAAACCGUCAUGAGUCCCUGAUGUCAGAAAUAUCUCCAGUAUCCACUUCACCUGAAAUAUCAGAAGCAUCGCUAAUGUCCAAUUUACCUUUAACCUCUGACGCGUCCCCAGUAUCAAAUUUACCUUUAACUUCAGAAGCAUCACCCAUGUCUGAUUUACCUUUGACAUCAGAAACUUCUUCAGUGUCUUCCAUGCUUCUCACAUCUGAGACCACUUUUACAUCCAGUUUGCCAUUACCUUCUGAAACAUCUCCAAUUUCUAAUUCUUCCAUGAAUGAAAGAAUGGUGCAUCAGCAAAGAAAGUCACCUUCCGUGUCCGAAGAACCAGUCUCCCCACGGAAAGAUGAAGGUCCUGCCCCUGCCAAGCCCCUGGGAGAGAGCCUUCUCUCUCAGCAGAAGAGUCUAUCAAAUGCUCCUGAACCCAUCAAAAUGGGCUCUUCUUCCAUUGCUCCUGAAGCAUUUUCAUCUGAAGAACUACACAGCAGCAAGACCCUGACUCAGCAGCCUUGUAAAUCACAUGUUGAAACGGAGACGCCCUAUCCUGCUCCCAUUCCAGAACUUCCUUCUACAGAAAUCAUAAAAGUUAAAAAUCAUAAUGUCCUGCAAAGAACAGAAAAGAAAGGGGUGUCUUCACCAUUGGAAUUAUCUGUCUUUUCUGAAGAGACAGAGAGUAAAGGAAACGAGCUUCCAUCAGGUAAAUCACAGGACAAGCAGUAUGUCUCACCAGUGGAGAAGGCUUCCUUUCCGGAAGGCUCUAGAAAUAAAACACACAAGCCAGGGAGCUCCCAGAAUCGGUUGGAGACCCAGUAUACUUCCAAGUUGUCAGAGCCAUCCAAGUCACCCGAUGGCAUGAGAAAUGAAAGUAGAGAAUCCGAGAUAUCAAAGAGGAAAACCGCAGAGCAGCACAGCUUUGGGAUCUGUAAGGAAAAGAGGGCGAGGAUGGAAGAUGCUCAGUCAGCCCGGAACGUAGCCUCUGGCAGCCCCCCCGAGAAGGAGCAGCCUCCACGAGAGGAACCCAGGGUCCCACCUCUCAAGAUCCAGCUUUCCAAAAUCGGGCCACCUUUCAUUAUCAAGAGCCAGCCAGUCUCCAAACCAGAGUCUCGAGCCUCCCCUAGCACGUCGGUCAGCGGCGGGAGGAACACGGGAGCCAGGACCCUCGCAGAUAUCAAGGCUCGAGCCCAGCAAGCAAGGGCCCAGCGAGAGGCAGCAGCGGCCGCUGCUGUGGCUGCAGCCGCGAGCAUCGUCUCUGGAGCCAUGGGGAGCCCAGGAGAGGGGGCGAAGGCGAGAACCCUGGCACACAUCAAAGAGCAGACGAAGGCGAAGCUCUUCGCCAAGCAUCAGGCCCGAGCCCACCUCUUCCAGAACACGAAAGAGCCCCGGUUGCCUCCGCUUGCCUCAAAGGAAGGCCCUCCAGGCUUAGAAGUUCCUUCUACCCCUGAAACAAAAAUUGAAGGUUCAACCGGUGUCAUUAUUGUCAACCCCAACUGCAGAUCUCCCAGCAACAAAUCUGUGCACCUCCGGGAGACCACCACUGUAUUGCAGUCGUGUCUUAACCCAACUAAACUUCCAGAAACUGCCACGGACCUAUCUGUGCAUAGUUCUGAUGAAAAUGUACCCGUGUCCCAUUUAUCUGAGAAAAUUGUUUCAUCUACCUCUUCUGAAAACAGCAGUGUGCCCGUGCUUUUUAGUAAAACUUCCAUCCCUGUGUCUGUCUGCAGCACUGCUAUGUCGGGAGCAAUUAAAGAACAUCCUUUUGUGAGUUCUGUUGAUAAAUCCUCUGUUCUAAUGUCUGUCGAUAGUACAAACACUACAAUUUCUGCUUGUAAUAUAAGCAUGUUAAAAACCAUCCAGGGAACUGACACUCCAUGCAUAGCCAUUAUACCAAAAUGUGUUGAAAGCACCCCCACUCCCGGCGCUACCGAGGGCGCCAGCAUAUCAAGCUCCAUGGAUGACAAGCAGCUGCUUGUCUCGAGCAGCAGUGCUGGUAACUUGGUCUCCAGUCAGUACACCUCUGCGCCAACUCCCUCCAUUGCAAAUAACUUGCCCAACCAUCUCUCCACUAGUUCUGUCUUGAUUCCCCCAGCGGGAAUUACUAACAGGUUUCCUCCUGAGAAGAUAGCCAUGCCUGGGAGUGAGGAGCAGGCCACUGUGUCCCUGGGGACCACUGUGAGAGCAGCCCUCAGCUGCAGGGAUUCAGUAGCCGUCACAGACACUCUGGUUGCACGCCCACCCAUCGCAAUGUUUACUGGAAGCAUGCUAACAAACUCUUACGAUAGUCCUCCCAAGUUAAGUGCUGAAAGCUCGGACAAAACUUCAGGGCCUCGAAACAGGGCAGACAGUUCUGGGAAACCUCAGCAACCUUCAGGGGGCUUUGCACCAGCAGCCAUAAACAGGUCGAUUCCAUGCAAAGUUAUCGUCGACCACAGCACCACUCUGACCUCCACUUUGUCUCUGACGGUCUCCAUUGAAAGUGCAGAAGCCAGCUUGGACAUCCAGAGCAGGUCGGUGAGGACAGAAGCAGUCAUGCAGCCCAUGGCAUGUCCUCAGGUGUCUGUCAUUAGCAGGCCCGAGCCCGUUGCGAAUGAAAGCAUAGAUCACGGUUCUAGCUUCAUUACUGCUCCUGCGGCAAAACAAGACUGUAAAACGAUGCAGGCCCCCUGCACAGGUCUCCGAGAAGUACCCCUGGUUGUUCCAGAUAAAUUAAAUGAGGUGGCUGCCCCAAGUAGUAGCUUUGCUGAGCAGGCACGUGGCCCGGCCACUUUCAAAAGCGAAGCAGACACAACCUGUGGCAAUCAGUAUAACCCAGGCAACCGGAUUUGCUGGAACGAUGAGGGCAUGAGGAACACAGGACAGCCUCUGGUUAGCCACUCGGGUUCGAGUAAACAGAAAGAGUAUCUGGAGCAGGGCUGUCCAAAGGCUGUCAAAACUGAACAUGCCGGCUACUCGCACCUGUCAGAACUUCACCCCAGGAAUCUCAUAACAAGUGUCACUCUCCCUGUGAAACCCGAACCUCAUGAAGUGGACAAGGGCUUUAGAAUGGACACGGAGGACUUCCCUGGCCCUGAGCUGCCACCUCCGGCCACAGAGGCAGGCCCUAGUGAGCAACAGACGCAGAGCGUGAAGGCUCCCACCUCUGGUCCCAUGGAAGAGGUGAUUUCGUUAGCUACAGACACCCUGAAAAGAGUUCCCAAUGCAGGGAGCUCAAGCUGUCGUCUGUCAUCUGUGGAGGCGAACAAUCCACUGGUGACACAGUUACUACAGGGCAACCUGCCUUUGGAAAAAGUGUUGCCUCAGCCCAGAUUGGGAGCCAAGCUUGAAAUUAACAGGCUUCCUCUGCCUCUUCAAACUACCUCAGCGGGGAAAACAGCACCAGAGAGGAAUGUUGUAGAAAUGCCGUCCAGCUCUCCAAACCCAGAUGGGAAGGGCUACUUGGCAGGUACUCUUGUACCACUCCAAAUGCGAAAGAGAGAAAACCACCCCAAAAAGAGAGUGGCCAGGACUGUGGGGGAGCACACUCAAGUUAAAUGUGAACCGGGGAGAUUGUUGGUGGAGCCAGAUGUUAAAGGCGUGCCUUGUGUCAUCAACUCGGGCCUGAGUCAGCUAGGACACAGCCAGCCCUUUAAGCAAGAGUGGCUGAGCAAGCAUGCCAUGCAGAACCGGAUCGUGCACAGCCCCGAGGUCAAACAGCAAAAGCGGCUGCUCCCCUCCUGUAGCUUCCAGCAGAACCUAUUUCACGUGGACAAGAAUGGCAGCUUCCACCCCGACGCUGGUACCUCGCACAGACAGCAGUUUUACCAAAUGCCGAUGGCUGCCAGGGGCCCCGUCCCGACUGCGGCAAUGCUGCAGGCCUCUGCCAAGGCCCCAGCGGGCUGUAACGCGUUUGCCUUCAGCAGGCAUCUGGAACAAAAGGGACUGGGAGAGGUGGGCCUUUCUUCAGCCCCUCACCAGCUAAGGUUAGCCAACAUGCUAUCCCCCAACAUGCCCAUUAAAGAAGGCGACGAGGUGGGAGGGGCUGCACACGCAAUGCCAAACAAAGCACUAGGGCAUCCUCCGCCCCCCCUACCUCCACCUCUUCCUAAUGCAGAAGUCCCAGCUGAUCAAAAACAACCUCCAGUUACCAUGGAAACCACUAAGAGACUUAGCUGGCCACAGUCCACAGGCAUAUGUAGCAAUAUAAAAUCGGAACCUAUUUCUUUUGAAGAAGGUUUAGGCAGCAGCUGCGAACUGGGCAUGAAACAAGUUUCCUAUGACCAGAAUGAAAUGAAAGAACAGUUAAAAGCAUUUGCGCUAAAAAAUGCAGAUUUCUCUUCCUAUUUGCUUUCUGAGCCACAAAAGCCUUUUACCCAAUUAGCUGCUCAGAAAAUGCAGGUGCAGCAACAACAGCAGCUCUGUGGAAAUUAUCCAACAAUACACUUCGGUAGCACGAGCUUCAAAAGGGCAGCCUCUGCGAUUGAAAAGUCCAUUGGGAUUUUGGGAAGCGGCCCCAGUCCUGCCACGGGCCUGCCUGGCCAGAACGCUCAGAUGCCCGUUCAGAACUUUGCCGACAGCAGCAACGCGGACGAGUUGGAACUGAAAUGCUCUUGCCGGCUGAAAGCCAUGAUUGUGUGCAAAGGCUGUGGGGCCUUCUGCCACGACGACUGCAUAGGUCCUUCAAAACUCUGUGUAGCUUGCCUGGUUGUGCGAUAAGAGCUGAGUGAAAGAUGCAGUAUCCCUUUUCAACACGGAAAAGCCAAAUGGUGUCCGCAGCAACAAAUUGAAUAACUCAGUGCUUUAUUUUGUGCUAACUUAUUUUACUUUGGAACGGAUUAUCUUUUUUCUGUGGGGAUUAUUAUUUCCUUGUGUUUCCCAGGAAGGGGAGAUCGCCUCCAAGUUGCUCAGCAGCAUGUCUUAUACAUAUUUAGUUGACAUGCCCAGCUUUGGAAAAGUUCUUACCCAUGUGUACACAGGUCGCUACCCCGUUGGGUUUUGUUUUUUAAAAAAAUUCAGGUGUAGAUAGGAAAAGGACAUUUUUAAUUACUUAAUACUAACCAGAAAUGCAGAUGGAGAAAGAGAGUGGUCGAAGUGAUUGAAGGUGAGUUAUGCAUUCUUCCGUCAAUUAACCAUUACAGCAAGUGUUUUCACAGUCAACUCUUCUGGGCUACCUUUACCCCAGUGAGUAAAUCAUAUUUGGAAAGGGGAAUCUGAUUUACAUGUUUGAUUCCUUUACUCAUAUCACAAAAGAUACAUUGAAGGAAGUGUGCCAUUAAUGAACCCCACUGUCCUUACUCUCCGCCUCUUUUCAGAGACUUGCAGAAUAUCUGCGUCAGCCUUGGACACUGUACACACGUUGUAGUGAAAUGUGUCUUCGGCGGGAAAUUGCAGUGUGGGCCUCUUGCCCAGUAACCUGGUUCGAGCCCUUUGACACCUGACACUGUAGGAUCAGUUGGCCAACAGAGAGCCAUAGGCCCAGAGGAUUUCAGAGCUUCAUGUAUGGCCUUUAAGAGCAAGUAUUUAAAAAAUGCUCGAAAAUUCAAAGAAAACCAGAAAAACGCUGUGUAUGCAAACACGUAUAAAUGGGUUGAUAAUGUAAAUAUUGGUCCAUUCUCUCCACUCUCAUACAAUUACUAGAUAUUAAAGUUUGGGGGAAAAUAAUUAUAGGCCUAUAUUGAUGACAGUGCAUUCUGGCUUCCAUCUUUGCAGAGGUUGGCCACCUCUUUUUUUGAAGUGUCAUUGAUGAUAAAAGGGACUACAGAAGGCUGAAGUGUUGACAUUUUCUGAACAAUUUUUCCCCUCACAAUUCACAAUCUAUAUAAUUCUAUUUUACUCUGAAAUAGCCCUUAUUUUUAAAAUUGUUCCAGGCAUUGCAUGUUUUGUUUUCUUCCCCUCAGGUGAAUUCAGUACAUUCUUCAUAUUUGGGGGAGUGGAACUGCUUUUGAAAAAGGGAUACUGCAUCUUACAAAUAUCGUCAGUGUGUAUCCAGUGAAGUCUGAGUGUUGAGUAUUUGAGCUACAUUCCCUGUACUUUGGCCACCCUCAUGCCAGAGAACAGCUUUAGUUCAGGAGGCUCUGUUCCCUAAAGCAAGUUCAAAAGCACAUGCACAUUGUGGGAAGAUGAGAGACAACAAAAACCACACCAUUUAACUUCCAAUUACAGAGCACAAAAUGUGGAGUGCCAUUAACCCAUUGAUCGAUUGAGGCUGUAGAAUUAAAAAAAUAAUAAUGGGGGAAAAUAUCAUCUGUCCGUGGUGAGACAGAUAUUUUCACAUGGGAUCAUCCUAAACAAUGUAAACUUUUGACAUUCCCUUAAAAUACGUCUUAAAAAUUAACUGGAAUGAACAGAAAUUAUAUUCUGGAAAAGAAAAAACACCACUUGUGAUUUUUUUUUUAAUAGUAAUCAACUAUGGUAUAUGUUUUUUUUCCCCCUCCAUAUUUAUUAUUGUGAUGUUGCCAAAUUUUGUUAGGUGACAGAGAUGUCAUUUUUAUUAACAAAUUGCUGAAAGUGAAAGAUACUUUCUCUUAAAAAGCAAGGAAAGCAAAGAAGGGCCUGCCUUUGUGGCUGCAAUGUGGUGCUUCAGUACUGUCAUUCUGUCUUUCAUAUUAAAAUUAACAAAAUUAACUCACCACUGAGAAACAGAGCAAUGCAUGUAACCAGCCCUUCCCAAGGACUGCAGUGUAAGUUCCGGUGGAUCCUCGCUUCUCUGCUCCAGUUUGUGUGUAGGUGGCAUCCUCGUACUUGGUGUCUCAAUGGUCUGCUUGGCUCUGAUGUCAUCUUGAUUCAGAAGAUCAUGCUCUAAUCUCACAGAGGGGCAUCCCUAAAUAUAGACGCUUGCAUGCCAACUCCUUCCAAAUUCAGUUGCUGCUCUACCAGUGUCAGAUACUGUCUACACCAGCAGAUUCAAAACUAUCAUAUCAGUAACUGACACAGUGUGGAAAGAAACUCCAGUCUGCAAAAGCUUUGCACUCUGUAUAUGAGUGCAACUGAGGCUGAUGUGAUUGAUUCUGGGCCUGCAAGUUGCUUACUGGGAAUAAAGAAGCGUAUCCUGUAUGUUUUGAUUUUUCAGUUAGUAGUUUGGGAGAUCAAUUGUUGAUCGUGCAUGGAUUCUAUUCCCUAGGUCCAAAAAGCAUAAUUUUUCUAUGCCCUUGAUUUUUUUUUUUUUUUGAUUUUUUUUUUGGCCCCUGUUUAACUUCCUAAUGUUGACAUAUGGUUUUUAUUACUGAGAAAUUUGUAUCUUUGGGCUAAAAAAAAUAAUGGAAAGAAAGAAACAAAUUCAGAAGUAGAAGGUCCAUUUAAUAUAUAUACAAAAGCCAGUAUGUUUGGAUUAGGUAAGUAGGUUCUUAGUUUCCUGAUUCCCACAGGUGUCUGCCUAUGUGCAAAUGGAAUAUGUUAUUUACUACAUGGUUAUUGUGGUGUAAUGUGCAAAUUUUAGUGUGUGCAUUAUCCUGAUUCUUGGACACUAUGCUCUCCUUAUCAGGAAUAGAACUUGCACAUGUGACAUGUACUUUUUUUUUUUUUUUUUUAAUCUCUAAGGAUGUAUUUCCAUAAGUAGCACUUUUGGAGCAGGGGAAAGAAGAAAACCUCUAUUCCCUAAUCCCCCUCCUACGUGAUAUGCAUAUGCCUGAGGUGUACAAAGACAUUUAGGUAGUUAAUGGGCAUGUUAAUAAGAACGUUCUGAUGCAAAUUCAUUUUCAAAAUGAAAAUAAUGUCCUUCCCCCGAGUGAGAGUAGCAGAAAUGUUGGUGAACUGAGCACCAUAGUUAUAAUAUUUCUCUGCUAAGGUCUAGUUUGAAAAAGAAAACUUGAAAAACCUCUGAGGUUGAGCCUGGUUGCUAUACUUUGUGGUGAUACGUGUUUCUAGGAUGAGCUAUACAAGGUUUAGUUGACUUCCAGACCUUGGAUCUUCUUACUCGUUCAAAAUAAACCAACAAAAACAAGCUGAUGCCUAACGGUUUCGUAAGGCAGUCAGGAGUAAGCGCCUAUGUGCCACAGCCCGGUUUCCUUUACGAACACUCAUUUCGGAAGAAGUUCCCGCAGCCUCGUUUCCUCCUUGGUCUGGUGAAGUCCCGGGUUAGAGAAGCUGAAGCCAAGGUUAGGGUGGCAUCGUCUCUAGUGUCAAGGCCGCGCUGGCUGCGCGCUGGGAGUGAGCCCGCUGACCGUGCAGAGCCCAGAGUCACUAUCCGUUUGUGUUUCCAGAGAACAAUGUGAAGAGUCCCAGCAAAGGAACUCAGCAGACUGUCAGGGGCCUAUGUAGCCAAAAUGUCACUGAAUAUAAAAAUCUCGUCGUCUUCAGUCCUCAUGCUUUGUCACUGUAAAGCGAACAAAACGCAUUUUUACGAUAAUUUAAAGGAGCUGCUUUUUUAUAGCAUAUACUAUUUCGCUUUGUACUAUAUUUGAUAGUUGCAGAAUAAUUUAGACUGUAGGAAAACUUUGUUGUAUUUGUACUGUUCAUGAAUGUUUCAGAGAAAGUGCUUUACUUGGUUGCCAUAAUUCUCUUGUACUGCUGUAUUUUCCCCCUUGCUUCAUGGAAACAUAAUCCGAUUCCUAUUUUUCAGUACAGUUUCUUUUUUUUUUUUAAUGUGUGUUUGUGUGUUGUGUUUUUAUUUUUUUUUUUGGUUUUUUUUUUGGUCAGUAUUCUGAAUGUUUACAUCUGUUUGACAUUAGCCAUUUAAUGCCUUUUUUUAAAGGCGGUAUUACUCUUACAGUGUAACAGGAAAAUGUGAAAUCGACCCAAACAUAACAUGCAUGACAAACCCAGAUUGGGGCGAAGGCCCUCAACAUACAGAGACAUUUUAUAUCAGCAAACAGAAAAGUAAAACCCUCCUUCAGUCCUCUACCAAAGAAUAUAUUACUCCCACAGGAAAAACUCAGCAAAGAUGUGUAAAAUCCUCAGAAGGGGGAGCAGUUGUUCCAGUGAGACUGCUACGAUUUAAAACUGUUAUGCUUGCUUUGAUACCUGACGAAAUUUGACUGAGUGCAACAAGCAUUUAAACAAUUUUUUAGACAGUGUUUUGUUUAGAAUUCAGGGAUCAUGCAUUCUUUAAUGGUGCUGUUUGUUUUUUAUUUCUUUUCUACAAAGAAAAAAAGUGUUGCCUACAAAAGUGACUGCUCACAAUACCAUAAGUUAAACAAAAUGUUUGUCUUUUCAUGUUUCUCUGUUUUUCCCUUUCUCAAAAUAACAAUUUGGGUUUCAAUAUUAAACUAUUCUGGAGAAAAUAAAGAAAUUAAACAUUAAAUAAUUGUCCUUUUUAA